AUGUCUGAAAUACGCCCAUCCAUUGCGCAAUGCGCAUUAGUAGCUGCAGCGUUCAAGGUGCUGCUCUUCCCGGCCUAUAAAUCAACAGACUUCGAAGUCCACCGAAAUUGGCUCGCCAUUACACACAGUCUGCCACUCUGGGAGUGGUACUACGAAAAGACGUCAGAGUGGACUCUGGACUACCCUCCCUUCUUCGCCUACUUCGAAUGGAUCCUGUCACAAGUCGCAAAGCUGGCAGAUCCGGCCAUGCUGAAGAUAUACAACUUGGAGUACGAUAGCUGGCAGACUGUAUACUUCCAGAGAGCCACGGUCAUCCUUACGGAGCUCGUGCUGGUGUAUGCGCUGCAGAUGUUCGUGGACUCGUCUCAUGGCACAUCGAAACGAGCUGCGCAAGCUGCUGCUAUAUCCAUUCUCUUGUCUCCCGGUCUUCUGAUCAUCGAUCACAUCCAUUUCCAGUACAACGGCGUCAUGUACGGUAUCCUCAUCGCGUCUCUUGUGCUGGCUCGGAAGAGAUCGGGGUUGCUGGCGAGUGGACUCAUUUUCGCUACCCUGCUGUGCAUGAAGCACAUCUACUCGUACCUAGCGCCCGCGUACUUUGUCUAUCUUUUGCGCGUGUACUGCUUGUCGCCAAAGUCCAUGUUCCGAAUUCAGUUCCUCAACUGCGUGAAGCUCGGCAGCGGCAUCGCUGCGAUACUGGGUGCCGCCUUUGGCCCCUUCGCGCUAAAGGAACAAAUUCCACAGAUCCUGAGCAGACUCUUUCCGUUCUCUCGCGGGCUCUGCCAUGCUUACUGGGCACCAAAUGCAUGGGCAAUGUACUCUUUCACCGAUCGAGUACUGAUCUAUGUCGCACCGCGCAUUGGCCUUCCGAUUAAAGAGGAGGCUUUAAACAGCGUAACUCGUGGUUUAGUUGGAGACACAGCAUUUGCCGUGCUUCCGGAGAUUAGCCCGAGGAUAUGCUUUGGCCUUACUCUGCUCUUCCAGGCAAUCCCUCUGAUCAAGCUCUUCUUCCAGCCGACUUGGGACACCUUCAUUAGCGCAGUGACUCUCUGCGGCUACGCGUCAUUCCUAUUCGGGUGGCAUGUUCACGAGAAGGCAAUUCUUCUGGUCAUCAUCCCCUUCAGCCUCAUAGCCCUGAAAGACAGGCGAUAUCUGAGUGCUUUCCGACCGCUCGCUGUCGCGGGUCAUGUUUCUCUCUUCCCGCUAUUAUUUACUCCAGCGGAGUUCCCUAUCAAGACAAUCUACACGGUCUUUUGGCUUGUCUUGUUCCUCAUGGUCUUUGACCGUCUCGCCCCGGCCUCGAACAGGCCGAGACUGUUCCUGUUUGACCGUCUAAACACCCUGUACAUUGCUGUAAGCAUACCGCUGAUUGCAUACUGCUCUCUGAUCCACGGUAUCGUGUUCGGUAAGAGCUUUGAGUUUCUGCCCCUGAUGUUUACGAGCUCCUACUCAGCAGUAGGGGUCGUUGGAAGCUGGGUUGGAUUCAUGGUGGUUUAUUUCACCUCCUAG